AUGCCGACGCAGCAGUCGACACCGAUUAUGUCGCUUCCCGAUGAUUUGCUAUUGAACUGCAUCGCACGCGUGUCGAGACUGUACUAUCCGACACUCUGUCUGGUCUCCAAGAGCUUUCGAUCGCUCGUUGCUUCACCCGAGCUAUACAAGGUCCGGUCACUCUUGGGCCGCACCGAGAGUUGCCUCUACGUUUGCGUAUGGUGCGGUUCUAAAUAUCGGUGGUUCACCCUAUGCCUUAAACCUGAUAAAACCCUAACAAACGAAGAAGAGAGUGAAGAAGAGAGCAGCAAGACGAAGUAUGUUUUGGCUAGAGCCUCAAUCCCAACUUCUAGUUGUGCCAGGUUUUGGUCUAUAGUGGCGGUUGGCUCUAAUAUCUACAACAUUGACGCAUCCAGUACCAUGUACAACGCUGACACAUCCACUGGACCCGUUGGCGUCUCCAUUCUGGAUUGCCGAUCUCACACGUGGCGCAAGUCUUGUCCAAUCUUUCAAGUGAAGCGGACGUCAUUUUCUGCUAGCGCCCUUGAUGGGAAGAUCUAUGUGGCCGGAUUGUGCAAAGACGACGGCUCCUAUAAGAACUCCAUCGAGGUCUUUGACACAAAAACACAUACUUGCGAUCAUGUGCCCAUCCCUUUCGGCGUGGAACUAAACGAUGAAACUGUAUGUAUUGAUGGAAAGCUCCAUGUGGUGCUUCGCGACACAAGGGUGCUCGCUUACGAUUCGAAACAAGGUAGAUGGGAUGAGGUGCUUUAUCCGGGGAUUAAUCAUUAUAUGGGCUCAGACGCUCAUUGCGAGAUAGACAGUGUUUUGUAUUCUGCUGCUAAUGGAGCUAUCAGAUGGUAUGACACUGAGGGAAGCAUGUGGAGGGAGCUGAUGGGUUUGGUGGGACUACCUGAGUUACCUGAUGGUAGUCGUGUCCGAUUGGCGGAUUAUGGUGGCAAGAUGGCUGUUUUUUGGGAACACAUGUCCCUUCAUGACUCUCUUGCCAUGACAGUUUGGUGUGCGGAGAUUGCGCUUGAAAGGUGCCAACCUUGUCAAAUUUGGGGAACAGUUGAGUGGUUCGAUCGUGUGCUCACAUCCUAUCAUCAUGACAUUGUCAAGGUUGUGGCUGCCACUCUUUGA